UCAGAGUGCUCUCCGGAGAUGCUCUCGCCAUCAACAACAACAAUGGACUGCGGCAGCUGUAGAACCUUCUCUCACAUUAUUAUCAGGAGUGGAUACACCUGCGUGCAGUUAUAUUUUGAAUGCUAAUAUUGACUGCGCACCAAGUACUUGGAGCGACGAUCACCAGCAAAUUCGAAUUCGUACUACUACUUUACUGUGGGUUCUUACAAAUUAUUUUAGUAAUUAUGAUAGAAUCCCAGCGAUUCCCCUUACGGUUUCGGGUCAGACUGUGGGCUACUGGACCCAAGUAUUUUAAGUGCUUCUGAAAAUCUGGAGCGAGUAUUAGCAGGUCGUCCAAGUAUACGAAGACGUUGGAUCUAAGCUCCGCUGGUAUCACCCGAUCCAUGAGCCGCACCAAGCGUUGUGCCGCGUUUCAAAGCCCGAAUGGCAUCAUUUGAAACUGGUACAACGGCCUGCUUGGAACCGUGAACGCAGUGUACUCCUUGCUUCUGUCGUCCAGUUCAAUCUGCCAAAACGCAAACUUGAGGUCAACGCCAGAGAUAUAAUGCGUCUGAGAGAGAUUCCUUUCAAUACUGGGCAGAGGGUAUGCAUCCUUAAUGGUCAAUGCGUUUAACUUCCGGGCAUCCAGCCAGAACCUGUCUUUCUCUAGCUUCGACACUACUGUUGUGCGAUUGCUCCACGGGCUUUUGGUCUAGGCAGCUCCAAGCGCCCGAUAACGGAUCGAUCCUCGCCAGAAGCCGUCCGGACUACGGAAAAAUGCGGUUGGACGGUAACUCCCAGCGUUUCCACGAGCUCUCGACAGCCUUUGCCCAGUACACUUACGCUGGCCCCUGUGUCCAACAAGCCGGUGCGGUGCUUGCCCAAGGUCUUCACGUCGGCGAAGGAAUCGGCGGAAUCUAUGCGUUUCACGGCCGCCACCACCUCUCAUCGACUGGAUCUCCUUAUCCUGAAGCGCUCCUUUGCUUUCUGGACUCUCCGUGAGACUAGACGCAUGCCGUUCAGCUGAUGUUCCGGAAAGAUCCUGUUCCGUGCCUCCAUAUAACGGCGAAUCCUUUCAUCCUCCGAUUCCUGAGCUUCCUGCACAGCGCAAGCUUGUCUCAGC